AUGGAGAAUGUCAAUGUCCCUGAAUUGGUGGAGCGCCUUGGGAGUGAUGAGGAUGCCGUGCGCAAAAUGGCCGUCUUUAAGCUCCAGAGCAAUAUCGGGGACCCGUCCUUCGCCGACCUCUUUAUCAUUGAGGGUGGAUUGACUCGACUGCGAUACUUGACGCUCCAUGCCAGUGGCAAUACACUGGCCUAUAGUCUCACAAGUUUUGCCAGGCUGCUAGAGGUUGACAAAGGAUGGGAAUGUGUUGAUCAGGAAUUGGUCGAACGGAUUGUCGAGCUAAUCGUCACCCAUCCUCUUGUCAAUAUCCUCCGAGGCGCCAUGUCAAUCCUAGUAUCUGUGGUCUCCCAUCCACAUGCCGCAGGCAACCCAUCACAGGCGGAGAUUUUUGGCUUCCGUGCCCUAAAACCAGCGAUCGCGAUCUAUCCUCAGUUCUUGGAGAUGCUUGUCAUUCGGCUCUCUUCGGCGGAUCAUGCCCUAUGCGCCAAUGCGCUCCAAUUGAUUAAUUCCCUCAUGCGCGAUUCCAUUACCUACGAUUCGGAGGCAGAGUGGCCGAAAUUCAUUCAGAAACUGCAGGAUCUCGGCGUGAUUCGAGCCGUCUAUGUGCUCAUGCAAGACUCGGCUCUCCAAGAUCUCGCGCCUCCGCUCCUGGAAUUCCAAUCCCUCACCAAGGUGCUUCUCCGGAAGUGGAGAGACAUCCCUUUGCAGCAGGAAAAGCCCGAGCACCGUCGCGCACUUAAGGGAAUCUACCUCGCCAGUAACCCCGCAAAAGGAUCGGAAGAGUCUACGGAGAAUAGCGACGAUACGCGACGCUCAAAACGACAACAUCCGGAAAAAUGGCGCCGAUUAGGAUUUGAGUCAGAAAGCCCCGCCGCAGAGUUCUACGAGGUGGGCUUCCUGGGCAUGAUGGACCUGGCCGACUAUGUUCGCAGCCAUCAGGAUGAGUUUCAAAAAAUGCUUCUCGAGCAGGCCACGAAGCCGUCGCGUCAGCGGUGCCCGAUCGCGCGAGCAUCACUCGCACUGACGUCCAUCCUGUACGAGCAUUUCGAGGUGGAUAAGUCUGAGAUGGAUGAUUCCAAGAACUAUAUGCUUAUGGAAUCACGAUCCAGCUUGGACAAACUGUUCAAGCCUCUACUUCUCCACUGGACUCGAUUGCAUGUCGCGGGGCUGCAGGCCUUUUUUCGGAUGUGGAAGGCAACGGCAGCGGAGACGGAGGAUCUGGAUAAGUUGGUGGAGCUGGUUCGCAUUCUCAUGGAAUCAGUGGUUGGCGGAGCUGGCCGGACCAAGGAUGUCCAGGAUGUCGAGGAGGAGCUGGCCAACUUUGAAUAUCAUCGCUUGCGAGAACUACAGAUGGAACUCCUGGAACUCACUUACGAAGAUGCGUGGGGUCAGCACCUGCGACAGGUGCGUGAAGAACUUCACCACGAAGCUCUUCAAUUCGUCAAAGAGCAGCGCAUUCGCUGCCUGUUGCAAGGCGCGUGGUUUACGCUCGACUCCAACCCCAAGCUCGAGCCAAACUCUACCAGGUCCACGGCCUCACAUCAAUAUGUUCAGCUGUCGCAUAAUCGCCGGUAUCUGCAUUUCGGGGAGUUCAAAUCGAUGGGGGACAGAGCUCCUGAGCUAGAUGCUCUGCCUGAGAAGAUUGAUCUCUCCAUUGUCUCCUCAGUUGUCUCCAACGUCUCCACCAACCCCGACCACUCGUCCUCAUCCACUGUCAAGACAGCUCCGCGUCAAGCCUCAACUAAGAUUACUAUCCAUGGUUAUGCACAGCCUUCAACGGCAGCAAGCCAAUCAAAAAGCCAUGGUCAUGCUCGGACUGGCAGUCGGUCUACACAGAAGGAGACGGUGCUUUUGACUCUACGGCCAGCGUCCCAUAGCGUGGCCUCGGAAUGGUUGGACGGACUGCUCAUGCUUCUCAGUCAGCAACCAAUCACAGCGGAAACGAAUAAGCUGAUUGACCUGGUCAGCAACUAUGGGCUGAAGAUCCGUCUACUCAAUGUUCGCUUUGACGACGCCACCUUUGCUGGCGAGGCUCCGCCAGUGCCCACGCGGGAUGGCUUGGACGAAGACUAUUAUUAUGACGUCUUUGGUGGCGCAUGA